GAACAACAGUGGCUACGGAGAAGAGCAAGACGGGGAAGAAAUUUGCAAUGCUUGUAUUAGGUCUUGUUCCUGCAUUUGUUCUUUUGCAUGCAGGCCAGGUUGAAACAUCAGCAGAGUCAUGAUUCUUCGAGUGGGGUUGUGCCUUGGUCUUACGGCGGAGAUGGUCCAGCAGCUCAAGAACAACGGUGUCAAAACAGUGGUGGACCUUGUCUCUUCAGAUCUGGAGGUGAUUGCCCGGAAAUGUUCCUUAUCCUACAAGGCCUUGGUUGCCGUUCGACGUGUGUUGCUGGCUCAGUUUUCUUCCUUCCCUGUCAAUGGUGCCAAUCUCUAUGAAGACCUCAAGAGUUCCACCGCCAUCUUGUCCACGGGGAACAAAAGUUUCGACACACUUCUGGAUGGGGGCUUGUACACCGGGGAGGUGAUGGAGCUCACAGGAGCCCCCGGGAGUGGCAAAACUCAGGUGUGCCUCCACAUAGCAGCAAACGUCUCUGAAAGCCUCAAGCAGCAUGUUUUGUAUAUUGAUUCCACAGCAGGGUUCACAGCCACUCGCUUAAUGCAGCUGUUCCAGCGCAGGACGGAGACUGAGGAGGGACAGAUGGAGGCACUUCAAAGGGUCCAGGUUGUUCGAGUGUUCGACGCCUACAAGCUGUUGGAUGUCUUGCACGAGUUCCGGAGUACCGUGGCUCAGGAGGUUAUAAGUGCAUCCGCACCAGUGAAGAUUCUUGUGGUAGAUUCUGUCUCCUCUGUGAUUUACCCUCUUUUGGGAAGCCGGCAGCCUGAUGGCAUGGCCCUCCUGAUGCAUGUGGCUCGCGAGCUGAAGACGCUGGCCAAGGAGCUUGGGGUGGCUGUUGUGGUGACCAAUCACGUGACUCGAGACGCCAGCAGUGGGCAAACCAAACCAGCGCUGGGUCGUUCCUGGAGUUUUGUGCCCAGUACACGGGUGCUGCUAGAGAACAGCAAGGAAUCUUGCGGGAAGACCGGCACCCGUCGAGGAACUGCAUCCUUAACAAAUGCCCUCGGACAGCCAGUUGGGAUUCAGAUAGAGCUGGACCUUGAGAACUGGGAACCAAUGGAAGGUGCUUGUUAACAUCUGGAGAAGGACUGUAAUGAAAGAUGCUCCAUGGCACAGUGGGGAUUCCAAUCUACACUAUAACCAGUACACUGUACCGGCUCUCAGUGCCUACCUGCAGUUUGAAGUGGUUCAGUCCAGGCACAGAAUUACCAGUUCAUUUGGCAAGAGCUCACCCCAGUAUGGCGUGGAUUGGACAUCAAGCACUUUCUCUGGCUUUUUACAAAGAUUGCGCCGAACAGGGAAUCACCAUUUAACUAUAGCACAGCUAGAAUUUGCUGGGAAGUGCUGAAUCACUGGAGUUUAUGGGAAGUCCCAAGCCAGGAUAGGGUUGCUCCUAUUUCUGGAAUAUUAGGAGUAUGAUUAACUGUAUAAAAAUGUUCUCAAUGAACAGAAUGUUUCUCUCCAAAUAUUCAUGUCUGGAAGACUGCGUGGUUCAGUCAGCUGAUCAGUGGGUGUUAGUGUUAGUGGACUAAAACCAGGUUUAAAAUAUUGCUGAAAUGGGGUGGUUAUCCUUUUUCGGUGGUGCAGUUGUGAUCUGUGAGUUCUGGCGCAAGACCAAACAACAUUCGACUUCUGCCUUUAAAUUGAAGACAUUUUGCUGGAUUGAGAUUUGGGCGGGCUGCUAUUGGGACGGGUACAUUGUGCUGUAUAUUUUGCAUCCAGUUGUCUAGUGAGCUGCCUUGGACAGAUGUGAUAUGGAAAUCCUUUCAAUGCUGCCAUUAAGGUUGAGGCUCACUGGAUGAUCUUGGGCGUCUUAUUCUUUCACACAGAUCCACUUUACAGGCUGGUUGUGAGAAUAAAAGGGCAGGUGAGACAAUGGUGGAUGCCGCUCUGAAUUCCCUGGAGGAAGGGUGGAAUAAAAAUGUAAUAACAUUAGGAUCAAACAACCCAAGCAUAUGAGCUUUAUGGCAUUGUUUCCUUCAGGCUGGGUACUAGUCCAUAUCCAAGAGAUUCAGACUGUGGGGAAGGUGUUUCUGCGCAUAGCCCUCAUUCUUUGCUGAAGAUGUGAUCUACAGCCUCUUUGGAGAAGUCUGUAUGUCCAGCUGGCCUCUGUACGGCUUUGCCAUUCAGUGGGGUGGGGGAGCAUAAGUUUUAUGGACGAGGAACAGAAUAUCUCCCCUUGGUGGAGGGAAUGGAGACAUUGCCCCCCCCCUCCCCCCCGGUUAAUUUUGUUUCUUCUGUAAAGGUAUCGCUUUCCUGGCCUUUUGAACAAUUUUCCUGUACUUUUGUUUGCAUUGGCUACUUUUCAAUGUAUCUCUUACUUUGUAAAUCUCACAACAUUGUGGAAAUUAAAGAUGUAUAUCUUCUGUAUGUCUUCUGUCUGUCGAUAUCGUAAAUUAAGGAUGUAUACCUUUUGCAUUUCUUCUGUCUUUUUACGUUUAAUAUUGUUGGGGCAAGAUGUCCUUAAGGUGGUUUCAAUAAAAAAAAAGAUACCACUGAUUGCAACAAUAGCGUGAGGAUAUUUGUGGUUAAUUUCUUUUAAAAACUGUAGUAAAUGAAACCAUUUCACAGUAUCUUUCUUAGACUCAAGACUGACUGCAAUUAAAAUAUUUUAAACCUGGAAAA